UAUUGAAUUAAAAAAUAUUUAUAAUUUUAUUUGAUCCGUAUGAAUUAUGAUACGUUGUAGAAAAUUAAAUUUUAUUUUAAAACUAUUUUUUCUGAGUAAUUUCCCAGUAUUUUUAACCGUUAUGUUAGCAUUCACAGCACAUCACUAUUUGUCAUGUCACAUUUGGCUACCAUAGUUUUCAAAAUAUCAAACUAUAGCCGCCUAAAACAAUUCCAUGCACAACUCAUCCACUACUCCUUAUUACAUGACAACUACUGGGUGGCACAACUCAUUGGACACUGCACGCGCCUCCACGCGCCGCCAUCGUACACGCGCCUUAUUUUCGACUCGGCCCAUUGCAAAAAUGUCUUUGUUUUCACCAACAUGCUCAAGUUUUACUCACAUUUGGAUGCUCAUAAUGAUGUACUCAAACUGUUUGAUGAAAUGUCUCAGUGUGGGGUGAGGCCUGAUGCUUUUGUGUACCCUAUUUUGUUGAAAUCUGCUGGUAAAGAUGGGAGAUUGUUGCAUGCCCAUUUGCUGAAGUUGGGGCAUUGUUGUGAUGGGUAUGUGAGGAAUGCAAUCAUGGAUGUUUAUGCGAAAAAUGGGCCUGUUGAGGAUGCUCAUAAAGUGUUUGAUGAAAUGUCUGAGAGGAGUGUUGCGGAUUGGAACUUGAUGAUUUCUGGGUAUUGGAGUUGGGGGAAAAGAGCUGAAGCUUGUGGGUUGUUUGAGUUGAUGCCGGAUAAGAAUGUGGUUACUUGGACUGCGAUGGUUACUGGGUACUCGAGAGUUAAAGAUUUGGUGAGGGCUAGGUGGUAUUUUGAUCAUAUGCCAGAGCGGAAUCUUGUGUCAUGGAAUGCAAUGUUAUCAGGGUAUUCUAGAAACGGGUUUGCUGAGGAGGCUGUAAGGUUGUUUGAUGAGAUGUUGAAAGCUAGGAUGCAACCUAAUGAGACGACUUGUGUUGCGGUUAUAUCGGCAUGCUCUUCUCUUGGUGAUCCUUGUCUUGCAGAGUCUCUUGUUAAAAUGUUGAAUGAGAAGGGAGUCAAGUUAAAUUGUUAUGUAAAGACGGCACUUAUUGAUAUGUAUGCGAAAUGUGGGAACCUUGAAAAUGCUAGAAAGGUUUUUGAUGAGUUGGGUUUGUAUAGGAACUCUUUUACAUGGAAUGCUAUGGUUUCUGCAUAUGCGAGGACUGGUGAUUUAGAUUCAGCAAAAGAGCUUUUUGAUCAAAUGCCUGAAAAGAAUGUAGUCUCAUGGAACUCGAUGAUUGCUGGUUAUGCACAAAACGGACAGUCAGCAUGUGCUAUUAAUCUGUUUAAAGAAAUGGUCAGGAACAAAAGCGUGAGACCAGAUGAAGUUACAUUGGUGAGUGUGAUUUCAGCUUGUGGCCAUCUCGGGGCAUUAGGAGUUGGUAAUUGGAUUCUGAAUACGCUGAUGCAAGAAGGGGUUAGGUUAAGCAUUUCAGGAAAUAAUUCUUUGAUUUUUAUGUACUCGAAGUGUGGUUGCAUAGAAGAUGCUAAAAAAGUUUUCGAAGAAAUGGAAACAAGAGAUGUUAUAUCGUACAACACACUAAUUACAGGUUAUGCAGCGUACGGACAUGGCAAUAAAGCUGCUGAAUUAAUCUAUAUGAUGGAAGAUGAGGGUAUCAAACCAGACCGCAUAUCAUAUAUUGGUGCACUAACAGCCUGCAGCCAUGCAGGACUACUAGAGGAAGGCCGAAAGGUCUUUGAAUCAAUUAAAGCACCAGAUGUAGAUCAUUUCGCAUGCAUGAUUGAUUUAUUGGGGAGAGUAGGGAAGCUUGAUGAAGCAAUGGAAUUGAUUGAAAAAAUGCCGAUGGAGGCUCAUGCUGGUGUUUAUGGUUCACUGUUAAGUGCUAGUCGAGUUCACAAAAGACUUGACCUUGGGGAGUUUGCAGCAAACAGGCUCUUUGAACUUGAACCAGAAAAUUCGGGAAACUAUGUUUUGCUUUCCAACAUAUAUGCUUCUGCAGGAAAGUGGGAAGAUGUCGAGAGGGUUAGAGGGGCAAUGAAAAAAGUUGGAGUGGUGAAGACAACUGGAUGGAGUUGGGUGGAAUACCAUGGUGAAAUACACAAAUUCAUAGUAGGAGAUCGUUCACAUGAACAAUCUGAAAGUAUUUAUAGAAAACUGGCAGAACUUCAAAAGAAAAUGAGGAGUGCUGGUUAUGUAGCUGAUGAUAAUUGUGUGCUGAGAGACCUCGAGGUGGAAGAAAAGGAAGAGAUUGUAGGCAGUCAUAGUGAGAAAUUAGCCAUUGCUUUUGCUCUCUUAGUUAGUGAAGCUGGGUCAGUGAUUAGGGUGGUGAAAAACCUGAGGGUCUGUCAGGAUUGCCAUACUGCUAUAAAGGUCAUCUCAAAGAUGGAGGGAAGAGAGAUCAUUGUGAGAGACAACAAUAGAUUUCAUAGAUUUAGUGAAGGUUUGUGUUCUUGCAAGGAUUAUUGGUAGCUAAAGAUCCCCAAUUCAAGUUCCUGUAUAAAUAUUUUCUGCUGAUAUAUAUGGCGGGUGAGAUGGUUUUGUGAUUGCUGCAACACGUUUGAGCUAUGAUACUCUGACUCUCUGGUUUUGUAUGCCUUUCUCGUGUUGCUUGCACAACAUGACACCCGGAACAACAAUUAGUCCUUGUGGGAUCCUGAGUUAGUAUUGAACCAUUCAACCGGCUUGAAGACCACGUAUGAGAUGAAUUUAUGAUGCCAAAUGUAGAUUACUAAGGAGAAAAUACUACACUGAAUCCGCUUCAGUUUUAAUGUAAAGACAGGAAUCAGUGAUAAAAAUCCAAUGUUUGAGGUAUAUGGGGAAUUUUUUUUCAUAUUUUCAGGAUUUAA